CAUUUUCAAGCCAAAAGCAAACAAAGGAGGAGACAAUCCAACCACGUGACCUGUCCAAAAAAACUUACCUGCCUGCAACCAUAUUUUCUUUUUCAUCACCACAUCCCAUUCCCAUAAUUCUCAUGUCUCUCUCUCUCACUCAUCAAUCCCACACAUCCCUUCACACCACAAUCUCCUUUUUUUCAAAGUUAAAAAAUGCACCAACCAGUUUUCCAUCAUUAUAAUAAUUUUUGUUCAUUUAUUUACUUUUAUUCCUGAGAAAAGUUUUUGGUCACUGGGUAUAGUUGUGCAUCUACAUUUGUGUCCACCUUGGCCUUUUGUUUUGUCCUCUGUUUGGUUCUUUGUUUGGUUGGGUUGUGAGCGUGCUCCAUGCUCACCUCCUUUUUAUUUUCUGCAACUGCAAAAGAAAGAAGAUAAUGGUAGUGUUAUCACCGGGAAACAACAACGACACACUCACAUGGAAUUAUUUGUGGGGGCUGUCCACACCUCAUAGAACCCAAACCCAACGCUCACAGAUCUCAAGGAUCUCACAACUUCAGCCUUGAACUUGGGUUUUUCUUUUUUCUUUUUUUCGCCAUUAAAGUUUUGCUCUUUUUGGUGUUCUCAGUGCUCACUCCUCUUGGCUGAUUCAAAUUUUUAGUUGCCAAGUUGGUCUGUGGUGGCAAAAAAGGAAAAAAAAAACAAUUUUGGCAUCUGGGUUCUUUUUGGCUUGAUGUUCAUUGAAUUUGGUCUAGUGGAAGUUGCUGUUUUGGUGAGGGUGGGGUUGCUUUGUGUGGGAAUCUGAUUCCAGAGACUGGCUUUUUCUGUUUGGAUAAGGUGAUAUAGACUGGACCUUCUUUGUGGGAAUGGGGAGAGUUGUUGUUAAUUAUGGUGGCUUGGAGCACUGGUCAGUGGUUGUGUGAGGGAGACACAGUUGAGGAACUAAUUUUAGAGUAUGGAACUUAGUAGUUUGGUUUUCUGGCUACUGGGGUUGCUGCUUUUGCAGUUGAUGGAGAUUUCUUCUGCUGUUCUUUCUCCAUCUGGCAUAAACUAUGAAGUUGUAGCUCUGAUGGCCAUAAAGGGUGACUUGACUGAUCCUCACAACGUUCUGGAAAAUUGGGAUUCUAGUUCUGUUGAUCCAUGUAGCUGGAGAAUGGUUACGUGUUCCUCUGAUGGCUCCGUUUCUGCAUUGGGAUUUCCGAGUCAGAACUUGUCUGGUACACUAUCUCCCGGAAUUGGAAACCUCACUAACUUGCAAUCUGUGUUGCUUCAGAAUAAUGCCAUUUCUGGUAGGAUUCCUGCUGCAAUAGGAAACUUGGAAAGGCUUCACACACUUGAUCUUUCCAAUAAUGCAUUUAGUGGUGAGAUACCCAGUUCUUUGGGAGGCCUCAAGAACCUGAAUUAUUUGAGGUUAAACAAUAACAGCCUUACGGGAUCCUGUCCUCAGUCUCUUAGCAAUAUCGAAGGUCUAACCCUUGUGGACCUCUCCUACAACAAUCUGAGUGGUUCCUUGCCUAGAAUAUCGGCAAGAACAUUAAAGAUUGUGGGUAACCCUUUAAUUUGUGGUCCAAAAGCAAACAACUGUUCUUCUGUUUUACCGGAGCCACUUUCCUUCCCUCCAGAUGCACUAAGAGGCCAAUCUGAUUCUGGUAAAAAAAGCCAUCACGUGGCACUUGCUUUCGGUGCAAGCUUUGGUGCUGCAUUUGUCAUUGUGAUUAUAGUUGGGUUUCUUGUUUGGUGGCGAUAUAGACGCAACCAGCAGAUAUUCUUUGAUNUAGUUGAGCAUAUUGGAAGUUGCUGUUUUGGUGAGGGUGGGGUUGCUUUGUGUGGGAAUCUGAUUCCAGAGACUGGCUUUUUCUGUUUGGAUAAGAGUAUGGAACUUAGUAGUUUGGUUUUCUGGCUACUGGGGUUGCUGCUUUUGCAGUUGAUGGAGAUUUCUUCUGCUGCUCUUUCUCCAUCUGGCAUAAACUAUGAAGUUGUAGCUCUGAUGGCCAUAAAGGGUGACUUGACUGAUCCUCACAACGUUCUGGAAAAUUGGGAUUCUAGUUCUGUUGAUCCAUGUAGCUGGAGAAUGGUUACGUGUUCCUCUGAUGGCUCCGUUUCUGCAUUGGGAUUUCCGAGUCAGAACUUGUCUGGUACACUAUCUCCCGGAAUUGGAAACCUCACUAACUUGCAAUCUGUGUUGCUUCAGAAUAAUGCCAUUUCUGGUAGGAUUCCUGCUGCAAUAGGAAACUUGGAAAGGCUUCACACACUUGAUCUUUCCAAUAAUGCAUUUAGUGGUGAGAUACCCAGUUCUUUGGGAGGCCUCAAGAACCUGAAUUAUUUGAGGUUAAACAAUAACAGCCUUACGGGAUCCUGUCCUCAGUCUCUUAGCAAUAUCGAAGGUCUAACCCUUGUGGACCUCUCCUACAACAAUCUGAGUGGUUCCUUGCCUAGAAUAUCGGCAAGAACAUUAAAGAUUGUGGGUAACCCUUUAAUUUGUGGUCCAAAAGCAAACAACUGUUCUUCUGUUUUACCGGAGCCACUUUCCUUCCCUCCAGAUGCACUAAGAGGCCAAUCUGAUUCUGGUAAAAAAAGCCAUCACGUGGCACUUGCUUUCGGUGCAAGCUUUGGUGCUGCAUUUGUCAUUGUGAUUAUAGUUGGGUUUCUUGUUUGGUGGCGAUAUAGACGCAACCAGCAGAUAUUCUUUGAUGUUAACGAACAUUAUGAUCCGGAGGUGCGUCUUGGUCAUUUAAAAAGGUUUUCAUUCAAAGAGCUUCGAACUGCAACAGACCAUUUCAACUCAAAGAACAUUCUUGGAAGAGGUGGCUUUGGAAUAGUCUACAAGGCAUGCCUAAAUGAUGGGUCUGUUGUGGCUGUUAAGAGGCUAAAGGACUACAAUGCAGCCGGUGGUGAGAUCCAAUUUCAAACAGAAGUUGAGACAAUCAGUUUGGCUGUCCACCGGAAUCUUCUCAGGCUUUCGGGGUUUUGCAGCACUCAGCAUGAAAGGCUCCUCGUUUAUCCAUAUAUGUCUAAUGGAAGUGUAGCCUCUAGAUUAAAAGAUCAUAUCCAUGGCCAUCCGGCGUUAGAUUGGACUAGGCGGAAGAGAAUAGCUUUAGGUACAGCAAGAGGGUUGGUUUACUUGCAUGAACAAUGUGACCCUAAGAUUAUUCACCGUGAUGUGAAAGCAGCUAACAUAUUGCUAGAUGAAGACUUUGAAGCUGUUGUUGGCGAUUUUGGUUUAGCCAAGCUUCUGGAUCAUAGAGACUCCCAUGUGACCACUGCCGUGCGUGGCACUGUUGGUCACAUUGCUCCAGAGUAUCUAUCCACUGGCCAAUCAUCAGAAAAGACUGAUGUGUUUGGGUUUGGAAUCUUGCUGCUUGAACUGAUCACAGGUCACAAGGCUCUAGAUUUUGGGCGAGCAGCGAACCAGAAAGGUGUAAUGCUUGAUUGGGUUAAGAAGCUCCACCAGGAUGGAAGAUUAAGUCAAAUGGUGGACAAAGAUCUAAAGGGAAACUUUGAUCUGAUUGAGUUAGAAGAAAUGGUUCAGGUUGCACUCUUGUGCACACAGUUCAAUCCUUCACACCGCCCCAAGAUGUCAGAAGUAUUAAAGAUGUUGGAAGGGGAUGGCUUGGCUGAGAGAUGGGAGGCCUCACAGAGGAUUGAAACACCAAGGUUUCGGUCUUGUGAGCCUCAAAGAUAUUCAGAUUUAAUAGAGGAAUCUUCACUCAUAAUUGAAGCCAUGGAGCUUUCUGGCCCUAGGUGACAAGCAUCUUGGUUUUCCACUAUAGCUCCCUGUUUAAAACAUGUAGUUUAAACGUUAAAAAUGACAUUCUCAUUAGUGUCAAUACCUAUGUAAUGCUCGUAUUCAUCUGUAAAAAGAAAAAAAGGAAAGUCUUGUAUAAGUAUCUUUUUGGAAUGUUCA